AUGGCUACGGACGCAUUCGCUUCCGACUUCCAUGUGCCUAUACCUCAUCCGACACUGAAGAUUGCCCUGACACCUCCUCGCGAGUCCGAUCGCGACGCCUCGAUUGCCGGCCUCAACCAUCCGAAAGUGUACAUGAACUUGAAUGGCCCGCCGUAUCCAUAUACUGACAAAGACUGGGCGGAGUGGUAUGCCACCAUCGGCGGCGCCUCGAGCCACAACCUGGCCGAGUUGAAAGCAAUUCAAGGGCAGCGGCCAUCUGGUUUGGCGUCACAGGACUGGUCGAAGAACAGGUGGCUCGGCCAAAGACUGUGGACGUCAACGAUCCGAGACGUCGUCGACGGGAGGUUCAUCGGCACCAUUGCCGUUCAGAGGGAGACGUUCAUGUACAUUCUCGACGCGAAGGAGAGGCAAAGAAGGACAGAUGAAAACGACAAUUUCGAGCCUGGCGACCCAAGAAUAAUCUGGAUGAUCGGGUUUUGGCUGGUUCCAGAAUAUCACGGCCGUGGGAUCAUGCCGGCUGCUCUCAGAUCCCUGAUGGCUGAAAUUGUCGUUCCGUACAUGAAUGCGCAUACGGUGCAUGGGGGUUAUUUCGAACACAACCUUGCCAGCAGAAGGGUGUUUGAGAAGAACGGAUUCUCUUUUGAGACCUUUGUUCCAGACGCUUUUACCGUAAAUCCGGCGAAGCUCAAUGGCUUGGAAGGCAAGAAAGUCGGGAUUGGGCUGAUGAAGUGGGAGCGCAAUUCGGCGGGCUGA